AUGGGUCACCGGGUUCGCGAAAUAAGAAGCCACUUCCGCCACUCUCGGGAACCUAGAGCUCAUUCGGCCGCGUCUCUGGACGCAGACUGCACGCGCGGUCUCCAGCCCGAUUCCUCCCGGGUCAAUCUGCAUACGCAGAGGCGACCAUGGCAGUCACCGUCUAGGCCCCGCCGCCGCCUCGGCCUCCGAGGGACCCGUGGGAGCAGCCCAGCCUCCGUGCGGCAGCUUCCGGCGGGACGCCCCGCCCCCGGACUCUGGUCCCGCCCGGAGCCCGAGGGGAGUGGGGGAUGGGUGCUAGAGCGCUCUUAUCCAUCUCUUCCUCCAACUCGAGCAGUGGCUGUUGAGCGGAACCCCACGCAAAACGAUGGACCCACCCACGGACCGUGGACCCCCAGUAGGAGCGACUCCCGUGGGCGUGACCCUAAUCCUGCUGGUGGUGCAGCGCGCCCACGCGGGACCCCAAGAACUUGGGAUCGCCUCCGGCCCGGGCCCCAGCCGCAACGGACGGACACCGCUGGGCCCCUCCUGAUCCUGGGGCUGGCGUGGGUCCCGGUCCCGUCCCGGCAGCACUCCUGCCCCCGGGGAGCCCGCCGGGCGUGGGGCGCUGCGGCCGGCGGCUUCUGGAACCCCAGGAGUAGGAGCGCCCCCGGGUCGGGCUCUGGCCUCGAGGGCCGGCCUGCGGUUGUCACCAGAAGGCACUGGCGGCAGGGAAGAGAGAGUAGGAUCUGUGGCCGAGUUGUGGCCUCAGGGCUUCACCUGAAAAAUGGGUACAGGUGGUUAAGCCAACCUUCAAAGGCCGGUAUAAAUGGAAGUGACUAGGAAGCCUCUCCUAGGACCGCUGGUGCCUCUUCCUCCGUCAGACCUCCUUCCCCCCAGGCCCCAUCCCAUGUCAGAGAGCAGCAGAGCCAGGAGGGCUGAAGAAAAACAGCUUUUUAUUUCUGUGGAUCUAAGAAUGGAUUACAGAUUCCAAGGUUAAAAAACAGACAAAGGGUCUUUAUUUCUGAGAAUUGGUGUAGAAAAGGCAGGGAUGUGGGGGAAGGGAAGGAAGAGUGAGCACCAGGAACUGGGAUUGCCCGAGCCCACAGGCCUCUAACUCCAAUUAAGUAGGGACAUUGGA